GGGGGGCACUAUUCAGCUCCAAGCCUCGCAAUCCCCCCGCUCCUGCCGCUCAGCCUGGCAGCCCCCGGCGCCUGAGGUCCUCUCAUCAGGUUCCUGGGGCGCCAAGCUUGGCCACUUGAAACACUCCCCAUCUCCUCUGUGCCCCCCAAUAUUUGUGUUUACCUAGAAAGCAGAUCUUCGCUUUUUUUUUUUUUCCAGAGGGCUGCUCGUCGCAGGCCCCACCCCAGCAGCAAAGAGAAAAAAACUGUCCCAGAGAGCUGAGCUCCGGGCCCAGGACCCCAGGUCCACAGACAGGGGUCCCCGGGGGGCCGGUGACGCUGGCGCCCCCGCCCUCACUCCGCCCAGCACCUGGCGCGAGCUAACCCCCUGCUCCGCUGCCCUCGGCCCCACCCUUUGGUGAUUCAGAGCCCUGAACCACCCAGGGCGCUCAUUUAAAUUGAUUUGCAGGACAAGAACGCUCCGCUGCUGCCUACCGAGCCACGCCGCAGCCCGCCGGGUCUCUUGGAUCUCUCGGAUCUCUGGGUGGAGGCUGCUGAGCGCGGGCGCUGGGUCCCCGUGGCCGCGCCAUGCGUCCCGCCCGGAGGAGCGCCCCCGCCGCGCUGCGCCUCCCCGCCCGGCUGGCCCCUUCGCUGGGGCUGUUGCUGUUGCGGUUGCUGUGGUGCCCACACGCUGCGCGGGGUGACUGUGGUUUCCCCCCAGAUAUGCCUAAUGCUACAGUACUGUUGGAAAAUCGUACGAUUUUUCCUGUAGGAACCAUAGUAGGAUACUAUUGCAAUCCCGGUUUUGUGAAAAUUAUUGGAAAGGUAAACGUAGUGCACUGUCUUCCAAAUGGUCAAUGGACAAAGCCUGAAGUAUUUUGCCAACGUAGCUGUGGGCCUACACCCAGAGUACCUUAUGCACAUAAGAAAGAUGUUUAUAUCCCAGUGAGUUCUUACCCAGCGGGUUUCAUUGUGGAAUAUGAGUGUAAUCCGGGCUUCGCAAGGAACCAUUCCGUAUCAGGGAACGUAACUUGCCUUCAGGAUUAUACGUGGAGCAAAUCAGAAGUAUUUUGCUAUAAAAAAUCAUGUCCUGAUCCUGGAAAAAUAGAAAAUGGUCAUAUAAUUAUACCAACUGACAUAUUAUUCACCUCAGAAAUCUACUUCUCAUGUGACCCAGGGUACAAAUUAGUUGGUGUAAAUUCUACUUACUGUGAUUAUGAAGGAGAUAAUAUGAUUUGGGAAAAUCCAUUUCCAGAGUGUCAAGAAAUUCCUACAACUACUCAGAAACCCAGCACAACAGAUGUUCCAAGUACCAAGGCCCCAUCUGCUCCUCAAAAACCCACCAUCAUAAAUGUUAAAGCUACAAAAUCCCCAUCUACUCUUCAAAAACCCACCACCAUAAAUGUUCCAGCUACAAAGGCCCCUUCAGCUCCUCAAAAACCCACCACAGUAACUAUCCCAGCUACAAAAUCCACAUCUGCUCCUCAAAAACUCACCACAGUAACUUUUCCAGCUACAAAAUCCCCAUCUGCUCCUCAAAAACACACCACAGUAACUAUUCCAGCUACAAAAUCCCCAUCUGCUCCUCAAAAACACACCACAGUAACUAUUCCAGCUACGGAAGCCCCAUCUACUUCUCAAAAACCCACCACAGUUAAUGUCCCAUCUACGGAAGGCACACCAACUCUUCAGAAUCUCACUACAAGAAGUUCUUCAACUACAAAAGUGCUCCUAUCACCUCAGAAAGACACCUUACCUGUUCUAGCUAUGGAUGCCCCAACAACUUCUCAGAAACCUUUCGCAGCCAGUGACUCAGCCACUAUAGUCAAAACUUCUGUCUCAAAGGCUCUAUCGACAGAGAUCCAACUCACAGUCCAGACUCUCCUCAUGACAAAUGCUUCUGCUACACAAGCCACAUCAAAACCCCAGAGCUUCACAACAGCAAAAGCUUCCUAUGCACAGAGUCUUCCAGUAACACAAAAAUUCUCUACUGUACAUGCCCCAAUGACUAAGGGCCACUAUACAACCCAAAGAUUGACCUCUGCUCACAUUGCAGUAACCCAGAAUCAAAUUGUUUUCACGCGACAAAGCACCUCUAAAGGAAGUGGAUUCCUUACAGCAGGGGUGCCUGUCAUUGCAUCUGGACUUACUGUUGGUGCUAUAAUAAUUGCUAUUGUAAUUCUAACCAAAAUUUACGAGAACUUUGGAAGAACAGGCAUUUAUCACCUCCAUGAGAACAACAAAGCACCCAAUGUUAUGUUUCAUAAUUUAACAGAAACUGUUGAUGCCUCAGAAGUAUGACCUUCUGGUAAAUGACAAAAGGGCACACAUUUAUGACAUUGACAGUUUUGUUUAUGAUGCUGGUAGCCACUGGCUACCUGACUUAGCCAAAGAAGAGAUAAGAAGAAAGUGCAUUACGAGUACACAGAAUAUCCUAGUUUUUAUAAGUUCCUGGAAGCACGGACACAAUAUAUGCAGUAGUGCUCUUCAUCUUGCAUGUUAUCAGUGACUUUAAGGUGCUCAAGAAUGUCCAUAAAGAAGAAACUAAUCUUUCCUGGAAUCGCAUUCUCAACAUUUCUAAGCCUCUUGAAAACAGAACAACUCACAAGACUGAGAGUGAUUUAUGUGUCUAGAAGUGUAGAUAUUUAUGAGCAUGAA